UAAAAAAAACUCUUCCACCUUCUUCAUUGUGUUACAUAAGGGAGAGAACGAGAGACACACAACAAAUACACAACACAAUCAAGAGAUUAUGAGCAAAACCAAAAAGAGAGAAGAUCAAACCCUUCAAACCCAGAAAACCAGGAAACCAAUCAUCGAAAUCUUGAUGGGAUCGAUCGUGAAGCCGAUGUUUGGAAAUAACCUAACAACGAUUGGAUCAAACAUAGCUGGUCUCUUCUUCGUCUGGUCAACUCUCAAGCGAUACUUCCCUCGACAGAUCCAGCAGCUUCUCUUGAAUGCAAUCCAACGAGUACCCAUUCUCAAGAAACUCUCAGACAAGAUCCUCGGCUUCUUAUCGCCUUAUGCUCACAUCAGUUUCAGAGAAAUCGAAGAGUGUAGAUUCAACUUUGCAUACGCAGCUGUCAAGACCUAUCUUGGUGCAAAAGUUAACUCUGGAGUGAAGAAUCUCAAAGGGAACCAGCUGAAGGAGAACACGUCUUUGGAUUUGAAAAGGGACGAUGUUAAGAUCGAAGAGGAGUAUGAAGGUGUGACGAUGUGUUGGGAGAUUUUGAAGUGUGCUAAAGGGAAGAAGAUAUGUAAGCUUACGUUUCAUAGAAGUAAUUGGGAUGUUGUCACUGGUUCUUACUUGAGCUACGUUAUGGAAGAAGGGAGGUCCAUUCAGGCUAGGAAGAAGAAGGUGAAGGUGUAUAUGAAUAAUCCAAGUUUACAUUGGAAGCUUCAUACGAAAGGUCUAUGGACUAGUGUUGAGUUCGAGCAUCCUGCAACUUUUGAUACAUUGGCGAUGGAUAUUGAGAAGAGGGAUGAGAUUUUGAGUGAUCUUUUGGCUUUUAGAGAUGGCAAAGAGUAUUACGAUAGGAUCGGGAAAGCAUGGAAGAGGGGUUACUUGUUGUUUGGACCUCCAGGGACAGGUAAGUCUACGAUGAUUGCGGCUAUGGCCAAUCUGAUGAAGUAUAAUAUCUAUGAUCUUGAGUUGACUUCGAUAGAGAAUAACUGGGAGUUGAAGAAGCUGUUGAUAUCAACGACUAGUAAGUCCAUCAUUGUGAUUGAGGAUAUAGACUGUUCCUUGGAUCUCACUGGAGAAAGGAACGGUAAAGACGUGAAAGGCGAUAAAGAAGUGAAGAAGAAGAAAGCACUUACACUCUCAGGCUUAUUGAACUUCAUAGAUGGGAUUUGGUCAGCUUGUGGGCAAGAGAGGAUCAUUGUGUUUACAACGAACCACUUGGACAAACUUGACCGAGCUUUGAUUAGAAGAGGUCGUAUGGAUAUGCAUAUUGAGCUAUCUUAUUGCACAUUCGGUGCUUUCAAGAUUCUUGCCAAGAACUAUCUGAAUCUUGAUUCACAUCCCUUGUUUGGAAAGAUCGAGUCUUUGCUUAAAGAAACGAAGAUAACACCGGCUGAUGUUGCAGAGAAUCUGAUGGUGCAAGAUCUUCAAACUGAAGUUGAUGGUUCACUCAAUGGUUUGAUCAGAGCUUUGGGGAUAAUCAAGUGGAGCCAAAAUUUUAAGGCCGAUGGACAACACAGCAAGGAGAUUACCCAAAUUUAAAACCAAUGGUCCAAUGAUCUUCUCUUAGUUUGAUAAUGUACCUUCAUUAGCUGCUUUGAGUUCAAAUCUAGCUUGUAAGAUCAAACUUGUUGAA